AUGUUCUUUACCACAGUCACUGAAUUGACCAACAUCUUGUUUAAGGGAUGGAACACACACACUUGGAAAGAUGUCUGCACAUCAGCAAUUAUUAUUUGUGCACUGACCAUUAUUUUCGAAGGUCUUAAGGCCGGGAAGUCUUACGUAAAACUGAGGCAACAGAAGAGACAUGAAGUCGCCAAAGAGGAAGAUCAAAACAAUGAGUUUGGUUUAGAGAUCACUUCCAUGCGUGCAGAACUCAUUGCUGCCUCCUCGUCUGGUGCUGAGGAAAUUAAGAUAAAGAGGUUCUUCUUUUUAUGUGAAUCGCUGAUUCAUAUGUUUAAUGCUGUCUUUGGAUACAUAUUAAUGCUGCUGGUGAUGACAUACAGCGUAUGGUUUAUUGUGGCUGUUGUAGUUGGUUCGGCUGCAGGUUACUUCAUCUCUCACCCAGUAUUGGAGCACCUAACUGCAGAAUUCUUCCCACCUGAGGAUAGACAAGGGGAUCAUUCUUCUGGCAAGGGUGAUGGGCAUCAGGAAGGAUUUGGCAGCAUCUCUACAACUGGCACGAAUCAAGGUGCUGUCUUAUAA